AUGUUCCAAACUCUUCGUGCCCUCCAAAUAGUGCACCCUGCCAGUUCUCAAUGUAUCACUGGCGAGUUUUUUUACUCAAAUUGUAUUGAAUCACUUACAUUUUUUGGAUUCGCAGCGUUGACCAAACCAACGCCUCAGAAUGGCAUCCAGUUUGGUGGCUUCGAAGAAGAACAAGAACUUGAACACAGUGAAGCACCACAGCUAGACCCACGCUUCAAGUCUUCAACACCUGUUAAUGAGGAUGCGCUUGAUGACAUGUUGACUCCACUUAGCAUGAUAUCUGUCUCAAAGAAACUCAUUUCGAAUGCUCCAUGCAUUGCGCCUGUUCUCUCCUCCUCUGAUGAAGAAAACACCUCUGAUAAGCAUAGGUUGCCCCUGGUCGAGAUCAAUGAUGUCAAGGUGAAACAUACAUUUAGAAAGCGCUCACCUGUACACGGGGUUGAUACAAAUAUCAGUGAGGCACCAGCAGCCAACACCAGCAAUGCAAAGUCCAAACUUGAGGUGGACGAGUCUCAGGUGACAUGUGAGCCCUGCCAAUGGAUGCCCAUAUACGAGGGAGAUUCAGAUGUACCAGCGAUCAAUUUUGCAAAGAGAAAGUCCAGCAGCACUCUCAAGGGCAACAAGCUAUCAAAGGACGAGAUGGAACCCGACGAUGGUUUAGAUGAAGACUAUGAAGACAAUGAGGAACUCAUGCAUCUCCCUGACAAAGCCACCUCGUCCCACAAGGAAAGCGACGAUAGCCUUGACGACCGGAAACUCACAUCUCGCCCCAUGAAAGCGAAACUGUCUUUGACCAAGGCCCUACCUCCACCUUUACAAGAUAGAUCCACUCGCAACAAUAGAGGAGUUGUUGGUUCAAGCACCAGGAACAAGCCUACAUUGAACCAUUCUUCUCGCAAUGCUCAAUUAUCCAGUGAUGAUGAGGACGACUUGUCCAAAGCACCACGAGGUAGAUGCAUCAAAUUUACGAAAAGUGACAUUCCUGCAGGGUCACACCGUAAAUUUGACUCUCACAUUGUUCCUAUGUGGAUCGACUUCAUUUCCUGCCUGGACAAUAUAUGGGAUGUCUCAGACUAUGCUGAUGAAAUGCAAGAUAUCUGGGACCGCUGUAGAAACAACAAUACUGAGAGGAACAAAGAAAUGCUCCUGACUGUAUCUAAAAAGUUGUAG